AUGUGUAACUGGCCGUACGCUAACCAACUAGAAAAUGGUCAGUUUGAAGGGCUGGCCAUUGAUAUACUGAACGAGAUCUCCCGCAUCGCUAAAAUCACGUAUACAUUGAAACUAUCAAACCAUACGGAAUACGGCGGUUGGAGUCAGAAUGGGUCCGUCACUGGCAUUAUUGGACAGAUUUAUAGAAAUGUAUGUUAACUUU